GGCGAGCGGCACAGUAGGAGGAGUAGAGUGACGCUGGUGCGCACCUGACUAGGCCGAGGCGGACAGGGCUCCAGGCGGCGGCGGGCCACGGAGAGCAACCGGGCGAAGAAAGAUUGUCGCUUGACAGUAUGGAAGGGGCUAAGUCAGGGGUCUUGACAGCGCGAGUCGCCAGACAUAUGAGUAGGGUAUGGCGAGAAGUCGAACCUGUGCUCUGGUUUGGAGCAACUGCUGGUUUGUGUUGGGCGGCGUGGAGGUACUACCAAUACCGCGUCUGCCUACGCAACUAUGGCCGGAAGAUGGGGCCGUGCUCGGGUGAUCCAGUUAUCGGGCGCGACGGCGAAAUCGACCGUGUAAUCUGCAUUCUCUGCCGCCGGACCAAGAACUGUGCUGCGCUCGUCGGCGAGGCUGGGGUCGGCAAGACGGCCAUCAUGGAGGGCCUCGUCCAGCGCAUUGCCAGCGGGAAAGUCCCUGCCAAGCUUGCCGGAGCACGUGUGGUAGAGCUCGACCUCGGGGCCAUGGUGUCCGGGGCUAUGUUCCGCGGUAUGUUUGAGGAGCGGCUCAAGGAUGUGAUAAAGAGUGCCGAGGAUGAAGACGGCAAGGUGAUCCUGUUCAUCGAUGAGAUGCAUUUGCUGCUUAGCAUCGGUGAUUGUAUAGGUGGCACUGAUGCUGCCAACCUGCUGAAGCCCGCACUGGCUCGUGGUCGCAUCCCCUGUGUGGGUGCCACGACUCUCAAAGAGUACCACAGGCACAUUCAGGCGGAUGCCGCACUCGAGCGGCGAUUCCAAAAGGUUCACGUCGAGGAGCCAAGCGUGAAUGCGACCAUUGCCAUUCUGCGGGGGCUUAAACAGCAGUACCAAGACCACCAUGGCUUGGAAAUUCAGGAUGCCGCUAUUGUUGCUGCCACACAGCUCGCUGGCCGCUACAUCACUGAUCGUCAGUUUCCUGAUAAGGCAAUUGAUCUAAUUGAUGAGGCAUGCGCUGCCACAAGGAUGCUGGUCGACAGAAAAAUAGAAGCAACCGCCACACGGACACAGAUCUGCAACAAGCAAAAGUUGACUGCGCAAAGUAGAUCUAUAAAUGCAGUAAAGGAAGGAAUUGUUGGUCGUGCUCAUGUCGCACAGGUUUUGAGCCGGUGGACUGGAAUUCCUGUCGCUGCUAUUGAUCAAGAGGAGAAGGAGAAAUUACUCCACUUAGCAGACAAAUUGCAUGAGCGAGUUGUUGGCCAGGAUGAGGCGGUUAAUUUGGUGGCGCAAACCAUGUUACGUUCCAGGGUCGGCCUUGAUCAGCCUGGCCAACCAAUAGGUUCUUUUCUCUUUCUGGGCUCGACUGGUGUUGGAAAGACAGAGCUUGCAAAGUCGCUUGCCGAGCAGCUUUUUGACAGUGAGAAGAUGUUGGUUCGCUUUGACAUGUCUGAAUAUUCCGAGCAUGGAUCUGUGAUGCGCCUCAUUGGAGCACCUCCAAGCUAUAGGGGUUAUGAAGAUGGUGGUCAACUGACUGAGAAAGUCAAGAAGCGCCCAUACAGUGUCAUCCUCUUUGAUGAGGUGGAGAAGGCACAUCCCUCGGUGUUCAAUGUUUUUCUCCAACUUCUCGAUGAUGGUGUGUUGACCGAUGGCCAAGGCCGGACAGUAGAUUUCAAGAACACCAUCAUCAUUAUGACCUCAAAUCUAGGAUCAAAGCACCUUGCACAAGGAAUGACUGGAGAAACCACAAUGCAAGACGCACGGGACCUUGUCAUGAAAGAGGUUCGGGAACACUUCGCUCCCGAGCUUCUCAAUAGGCUGAGUGAGAUUGUGAUAUUUGAUCCCCUUUCACAUGACAUACUGAAGGAGAUUGUGAAAAUCCAGGUGAAGGGUGUUGUUGCCAGAGUAGGUAAUAAGGGCAUCUCUCUACAUCCGAGUGAUUCUGCCUUGGACAUUAUUUUGUCGGAAUCAUAUGAUCCCAUGUACGGUGCAAGGCCUAUUAGGAGGUGGUUGCAGAAGAAUGUGAUGACCGUGAUCUCCGAGAUGCUGGUCAAAGGAGACGCUUCUGAAGGUUCAAUAAUCUACAUUAAUGGUACUGCCGAUAACAAAGGACUCAAGUAUGAAGUGGUGAAGAAGGUGGCAGAUCAUCUUGGCAACCUGCACUAGAGCCCCUUUUCCCUGGCGCAGCUGGGCCAUCCUGGACUUGAACCAGAGUCCUUGCCUGUCAAGUCAAAUCAUCGCCCCUAGGAUGAGGAGAGUGAUGAUUUUUUCCAUGGUCACUACCAUAUAUAAAAGAUAACGUCAUAGCGCCUGAAAAGCCUAAGUUGGCUGUCCAAACGUUUUCUGCUAGGAGAGACCGUGCGUUGUGGUGGUCUUGGACCAUAUGGAAGUAGUAGUAACUAACAACAGGUCGUUGCCUUUCUGUGGUUGGCAGUUU